CUCUGUCUCUUCUCUCCCUCCUUUGGCGGCAUACAUUCGAGCGAACAGCGGACAAGCACAGGCGUAGACAGGCAGCGCGCAAGGAUGCCGGGCAACAAGAAGAAGAACAAGGGCGCCAACAAGGCCAAGAACGCGCCUGCUAGGAGCAAUGCCGCUAACAAGGAUGACCUGGCCGGGCUUGACGAGAUCUUGAGUAACCCGGAGCAAAUGGCGGAGGCGCAGCGAGAGGCGGUGGAAGCGAGCGGCUUCAAGCCGCGCUCGGGCAAGCAGAACGCUCAGAUCGGCCUCAAGGGUUUCACCCAGGCGACCCAGAACCCGGCCAUGUUCAAGGACGCGAUGAGCAUGCUCGGAGACCCCUCGGCCGUGAAGGAGGCGGAGGCGAUGAUGAACGACCCGGAGUUCAAGUCGGAGAUAAACCAGUACAUGGAGACGCUUAAGAACAACUCGGCCUUCCGCGAUGCCAUGGCCGAGGCCCAGCGAAAGUACCAGGCUCUGUUGGCCGACCCCGAGAAGAUGAAGCAGGCGACGGACAAGUACAACGCCUUGAUGAAGCAGCAGCAGGACGCCGCAGCGGCGGGGACGCCGGCAGCAGCAGCAGCAGCGGGGGGUGGUGCGGGAGCGGCGGGGGCGGCAGGGGCGACGCAGGCAGGGAAGGAGGCGGCGGCGGGGGGGGAGGACGACGGCGAGCCGCCGGUGCCCGAAGCGGGAGCGGAAGAGGAGGAAGAGGAGCCCCCCGCGGGAAAGGCGGAAGCUGCGGCGGGAAAGGAGACCCCAGCGGAGGCGUCUUCGUGAAGGGGGCGACGCAAAUGGGAAAUGCUGGGGGCGUCGUAACUGUACGAUGAUGCUGCCAUCAUACUGUACGGGAAAGGAAACCACGACUGUUCAAUUACGGUCUCGUCCUUGUACCAACAUGCCACCCUGGCGGCGCAGUAGCCAUGCACCAGAUACAAGCUUCCCAGCCGUUGUUGCUGAAAAUCGCCUUGCAAGAAGGUAGAGGUUAUAGGGAGAAUGGGAGAAUGCAUUGCAACCCGUGAACGUUCCCUAGGAAUCGGGAGAUUGGUAGUGUAGGAAAGGCGCAGCAGUCUUGUGGCUGGAUUAUUUAGUCCAGACACGUCUCUCCAGUUUAAGUGCCGCCUCCUUAGCACCCGUGGCGGAUUACAUGGCCUUUCUGUUUGCUGACAUGCAACCGGAGUAUCAUUUUGGUCCGGAUUGUGUGCCAUGAUAUAGGGUUAGGUAGGGUUGUUUGAGUCCAUCCUCCGCUACAUGCGCUACAAACAGCGAACGUCGGCGCUGCGUUGCUAAACUCGGCACGCUUGAUAAAUUGUUUUCUUUUCGUUAUUUCCGUUGCGUUUUGUCGUCCAGCUUGGUUUCUGUUGCUUGAGCUGAUGACGCUUUCAAAUCGGUUUUGGCAUUAAUUGAUGAUUCCAGUUGUGAAUUUUUGCUCGGGCCUGUGCCGCGGAGCGGACAAGGGUUGCUU